CCUGUUAUUUGGUUGAAUCGUGGGUUUCAGAAGACCUGUAAUACAACAUAGCAAAAGUCAGCCAACGCUUACAGUCACUGUCACUCCUCACACACGUGUCAGCGUUGCAGGACAUACUUCCGGUUCAAAAUGGCGGCAUCCAUGGCAUGUCAGGCGGCUGUGAGAGGACUCCGAGCAGCGAGCACUAAACAACUGCUUGUGAGCAGAAACCAGUUAGUGAGGGUGAGCCCCAGAAGAUGGCUGAACCUGCAGGAGUACCAGAGCAAGAAGCUGAUGCAGGACAGCGGUGUGACCGUACAGCGGUUCUUUGUGGCUGACACUGCCUCUGAAGCCCUGGAAGCCGCCAAGAGACUCAAAGCGAAGGAGAUUGUCCUGAAAGCUCAGAUUUUAGCGGGAGGAAGAGGCAAAGGAGUGUUCGACAGCGGCCUGAAAGGAGGGGUGCAUUUAACAAAAGAUCCUGCUGUUGUUGGAGAGUUGGCUGGUAAGAUGCUUGGCUUCAAUCUGACCACCAAACAGACCCCUAAGGAAGGAGUGAAAGUAAAAACGGUGAUGGUUGCAGAAGCUCUGGAUAUCUCCAGGGAAACAUAUUUUGCCAUCCUGAUGGACCGCUCCUGUAAUGGACCCGUGAUGGUGGGCAGCCCUCAGGGUGGUGUGGACAUAGAGGAAGUGGCUGCAACCACGCCAGAGCUCAUCUUCAAGGAAGUCAUAGAUAUAUUCGAAGGGGUCCGAGACGACCAGGCGCUACGUAUGGCAGCUAAUUUGGGAUUCAAAGGACCAUUGGAGAGACAGGCUGCAGAUCAGAUUAAGCGACUCUAUGAUCUGUUUCUCAAAGUCGACGCCACUCAAGUCGAAGUCAAUCCACUCGGAGAAACACCUGAGGGACAAGUUGUUUGCUUUGAUGCUAAAAUCAACUUUGACGACAACGCUGAGUUCAGACAGAAAGCUGUGUUUGCCAUGGACGACACGGCAGAGAGCGACCCCACGGAGACCGAGGCGGCCAAAUAUGACCUCAAGUACAUUGGACUGGAUGGAAACAUAGCCUGUUUUGUUAAUGGUGCUGGCCUUGCUAUGGCAACAUGUGACAUCAUAGACUUACAUGGUGGAAAGCCUGCUAACUUCCUGGACCUGGGUGGAGGUGUAAAGGAGAAUCAGGUGUACGUAGCCUUCAAGCUUCUCACUGCUGAUCCGAAGGUAGAGGCCAUCUUGGUAAACAUCUUCGGAGGGAUUGUUAACUGUGCCAUCAUUGCUAACGGCAUCACCAAGGCCUGCCGAGAACUGGAGCUCAAGGUUCCCCUGGUGGUCAGGCUCGAAGGAACCAAUGUUCAGGAGGCGAAGCGUAUCCUGUCUGAGAGCGGGCUGCCCAUCACCUCUGCCAUUGACCUCGAUGAUGCGGCCAGGAAAGCCGUUGCAGCCAUUGCCAGGAAAUAAAUGCAUAUAUGCGUUCACACAUACACAAAACAAACAUACCUUAUAAAGCUGUGGCCUGCAUCACCAUGACAUAAACAAAACAGCCUUACACACUUCAUUCACUGAGAAAACUGCACAUAAUGCCUGAGAUGAAGCCACUUUUCUCACCUGCCUUCUGAACCACAGCUACAUAGCAGCCUGGUAGAGUCUUUGGGCCUCCUGCCCAGUUAUUUCCAGGGACAGAACUGUAUUUGAGACCCUCUUCACAGCCCCCAAAAUCUGGGGUCUCAAAUCCAGGGCUGUCUUGGAAAAUGGGAGGCAUUUUUUUCUGCAUUUUUGUCAACCGUAUACAGCCAUUUCUAUAGUUAAAUUAAUAACUCUUUAACAUUCAUUGCCUUACUUAAGCAUUUUAUUGAAAGUUUCCUUUAUUGAUUAUGAGUAUGGAUUUAUUUUUUCAAAUUAAACUAUAAAAAUAUUAAGAUAAAUAAUAGCUUAAUUGCAUUCCAUAUUAAGUAAAUCAUGAAACAAUACAGAGUCAUGUAGUGGAAUAUCCUCAAUUUUAUACAACUGAACUGUGAAAUACAUCUCAAAUCUGAUAUUGAUUUCUUAAUCUCCAUAUGAUAUCUCCGUCCCAGUCUGACUUGAGGUUUAUCUUGUUUAUAAGGGUGUGAUAAGACUUUUUAUGGGUAUAAAAUUUAAAACUCUAGGUUAAGUAUUGUCAACUGGUUAUUGCAAAGUAAAUGCAAUAUUGAUAAAUUUUCCUGAUUACAUGCUUAAAAAAGUGCAUAUAAUGUAUAUUUAAUUACAUUUUUUUUCAAAUAAACAUAAAGCGGUGUAA